UGUGAGCGCCGCCUCUCAGCCGGACCACGCCGCGCGCAGCGAGAGAGAACCGGUGAACUGCGAGCAGCCGUCUCUGAUAACGACACGCUGAAAGAUGGCGGACGACCCGAGUGCGGCGGACAGGAACGUGGAAAUCUGGAAGAUCAAGAAGCUGAUCAAAAGUCUUGAAGCUGCCAGAGGGAAUGGUACCAGUAUGAUCUCCCUAAUCAUCCCUCCAAAGGACCAGAUCUCCCGUGUGGCUAAGAUGCUGGCUGAUGAAUUUGGCACAGCCUCUAAUAUUAAGAGCAGAGUGAACAGACUCUCAGUGCUGGGUGCCAUCACUUCCGUACAGCAGAGACUCAAACUCUACAAUAAGGUGCCUCCCAAUGGUCUGGUUGUGUACUGUGGCACCAUUGUAACGGAGGAGGGCAAAGAGAAGAAAGUCAACAUUGACUUUGAACCCUUUAAACCAAUCAACACAUCCCUGUAUUUAUGUGACAACAAGUUCCACACAGAGGCUCUCACUGCAUUGCUCUCGGAUGACAGCAAGUUUGGGUUCAUUGUGAUUGAUGGUAGUGGCGCCCUCUUCGGAACUCUGCAGGGCAACACGAGAGAGGUGCUGCACAAGUUCACUGUGGACUUGCCCAAAAAGCACGGCAGAGGAGGUCAGUCUGCUUUGCGUUUCGCCCGUUUGAGAAUGGAGAAGAGACACAACUAUGUGAGAAAGGUGGCAGAGACGGCCGUCCAGCUGUUUGUUUCCAACGACAAGGUCAACGUGGCUGGGAUGGUUCUUGCUGGAUCAGCUGACUUCAAGACUGAGCUUAGUCAGUCAGACAUGUUUGACCCGAGGUUACAAGCGAAGGUGCUGAAACUCGUUGACAUUUCUUAUGGAGGGGAGAAUGGGUUUAAUCAGGCCAUCGAACUGUCUGCCGAGGUGCUGUCCAACGUCAAAUUCAUCCAAGAGAAGAAACUAAUAGGACGCUACUUUGAUGAGAUCAGUCAGGACACAGGAAAGUACUGUUUUGGAGUGGAAGACACACUCAAAGCGCUGGAGAUGGGAGCUGUGGAGAUCCUCAUCGUUUAUGAGAACCUGGACACUAUGCGAUAUGUUUUGCGCUGCCAUGGAACUGAGGGCACUACGCUGGAAAAUGAUGAGAAGACUCUGUAUCUGACACCAGAGCAGGAGAAGGAUAAAUCUCACUUCACAGACAAGGAGACAGGGCAAGAGCAUGAACUCUUAGAGAGCAUGCCACUGCUCGAGUGGUUUGCCAACAACUACAAGAAAUUUGGGGCCACGCUGGAGAUUGUGACAGACAAGAGCCAGGAGGGGUCGCAGUUUGUGAAAGGAUUUGGCGGUAUUGGAGGAAUCUUGCGGUACCGGGUGGAUUUUCAGGGCAUGGAGUACGUGGGGGAGGAUGAUGAGUUAUUUGAUUUAGAUGACUACUAGGUAGUCGGGACUGACAAACCGGAGAUUUUUCAAAAGUCAAGGAUCUCUCCCUCUACCGCUCGGAGAAUGGAUGGGGAGGAGGGUGAAGGCAGGGAGGGUGAAUCGAUGACGAGGAGAUUACGACGCGAGGGUGAAGCGAAAUGGUAUCUACAUGUAUGUAUCCCUGGCAUUAGAAAACAGUGACUCCAUCUCCUGACUGGAUGAAGCUGACUGGGUUUUGCUCCUUUCUACACCUCAUUAAUGCAUCACAACAACAGUACCAACUUGAUGAACCCCUCUUCCUGCCCUGCCUUGGCUCUCCAGAUGAAAUGUAUACUGAUAAGCUUUUGUAAAACCCUAUCCCCAGUUUUCUUUGUUAGGGCUGCACAAUAUCUCAAACAAUAUCAGAAAAUCUGACCAAAAAAAAUUCUGUCACCUUUGUGUCAGUAUUGCAAAGGCCAAACCAUGAUAAACAAUAUAUUGUGCAGCCCUUUUUUUUUUUUUUUUUUUUUUUUUUUUUAAACUUUCUUCUUUAUAAUUUUGCUGGCCUCUGCUGCUACUGCUGUGCUGUUUUGAGUGUAUGGUAUUUAGGAAAGGUUUCCUAGAGAGGGGAUUGAGUCUAGUCCUGGACAACAAUGCAUUUUGAAUGGAGAGUCUCUAUUGAAAAGCUACAGUAGUCCAGGACUGUACUUAAAUCAACACACUUUUUUUUUUUUUUUUUUGGUCAUAAGUAAAGUAUGCGACAAAAAGGAAUGACUUCAAUCUGUUCUGUGUUCACAGCAACCUUAUGCUCUUUUGUCCAUACUAGCACUUCUGUUCUUCUGUGUUUUUUUUUUUUUUUUUUCCCUCCUUUGUUUUUUGGUGGGCCUUGUUUCUGCUGGAUAUCAGUAUAGUGGUGAUUCGUUCCAGGCCAGCUAAAUUCUACCUGCCCUGCUCCUCCUGUCCCAGUGUGCACAUGACCUGACCGUGCACCUGAAGAUGUCUUCCCCACAGAAGGACCAUCUCUGAGCUGGAUCUCCUUUCCAGUUCUGCUGCAUUUAUGUAAAGAAGGCAGGUUUGCAUACGCCACUUAUAUGCUUUACCACCCCAGAACAAAAAAUGCCCACCCCAUCCUCAUACGAGCCAUGUUUGCGUGCCUGAACUGUGUGAUGUGUGUGGAAAAAAAUAACUGAUGGCAUAGUUCACCAGAGUCUGGACCUUUUUAUUGUAUGCCUUGUGGUAUUUUAAUGAUUUGGACUUUUAAGCUUUGGAGCUUAUAGCUCUUCUUGACUGAACAGGCCAAUUGAAAAGCAGAUAGGAUUCUAAUCAUGGUGGAGGGGCUCUCCGCUUAACUGGACUAUUACAGCAUGGAUGUGCGACUCUUAUUUAGGGUUUACGUCCAUCCUUUAUGUCUGUAACCACCCCCCUUAUGUUAGUUAACUAGAAUUCAAGCCCUCCACUUUGCCAAGUCAUUUAGUAGCAAUAUUCAGAUUAGGUUUGGGGGGUAAAGAUGAGAACAUACUGGACAUGAUCAGUAAUUGUGGCACGGUCUCAUUUAUUUUUAUUGUUUUUUUUUUUAUUUGUCAGAUUUACUAGGCAGCAGGCAAACCCAAUGAUGUAGUCUAAUAGGAGAGAAGUAAUCACAACAAAGAGGCUCCCUAUUUUAACAGAUAUUUUCUGUAUUCAUCUCCUUGCUCAAUCCAUCAAUAUUUUGUAUAAAUCAUUUGUUACAUAAGGUCACAGAUGUAUUAAACGUUCUCAUUGUUUGCAAA